AUGCCACCUCAAAUAGAUAAUACAUUACCACUAGAUGGAGAUGAGAAAAUCGACCAACCAUUAUCUGAUAAUGAUCAGAAUAUAAUUCGCAUUAAGAAAUAUCUUCUUAUGCUUCUUUUCAUACAAUGGAUUGUAUGUGUUGUUACUUUUGGUGUUGGGUUAUUUUCAGCAUUAGCUGAGAAUUCAGCAAAUAUUUCAAAUACAAUUCAAUUAUUGAUACUAGGGAUUGUUAUAUCUAUCUAUUAUCUAUUUGGUCUUGUAGCUACAUAUAAACAACAUGAAAUUGGAUUACUUAUAUUUGCAUCAAUUGGAGUGAUUUUCUUUAUAGCAAUAUUCAUUUUAUUUGGUUAUAUCAUCUUAGUUAUUACGGCAUUAACUGUUGCUUUUCAAGUUACUAAUCAAGCAUAUAUUGUUGUUUAA